UUUUAAGUUCUCGUGACAUGGCUACUGUAAACUAUUCUGUUGACAAACAGAAAAAUAUUGGCUCCCCUUGAGUUGAGUGGUUAUAUACCGUGUGAGUUCACGAUCUUAGAGGGAUAACAGGUUAUUUGUUCCUCAGUUUGCUCUCAAAGCUCUGUUCCGUGUCCCCGAAUUAUAUGUUUCGCGUACUUUAUUAUACAAUCUGGACAUCGUUAGGGUCCAGUCUGGACGCAAACAAAUACAAACCUAUCAUGCAGUCUUUAUUUAUAUUUUAUUUGUUGUCACACAACACUUCACAUAGAUCAUUUUCUAGAAGAAUUGAAGUGUGGAAAUAGCUGCGCGAUCAAUCUCGUUAGUAUAUUUCAUAAAAAUCUUUACAUCAUGCAUAGGGUACUUUACCUGGCAGAGACGAACGUUUCUAACUCCUUUAUUAAUAUUUACCUUCCGCGCGAAAGGCCAGAGUGACCCCCGUCACACUCCUCCCACUGGUUAGUUCUCGUCUCUCUAUGUCACCUGACCAACUCCAUGCAAAUCACAUCAUUUCUAAAACGCCAUUGGUCGCCUCCAGCACAUUUAAUGGCUGUCAAAGCGCAUCACAUGGCUGCCGCACUAUUAACUUCUCUACCCCGUAAGAGAAAGUAGCUCAAAGACGCUUUUCAUCACAGUGGAUGUGAAAAAGAAGUGGAGACGGAGAACAGUCCAAAGAAGUAUCAUUAUCACACUGGAUUAUUUGACUUUUUUAUUUUUGUCCUUCUAUUUUUUGUGGAGGCUUGAUCUGUUGCGCCAACUGAGCCGGACGCGUCGAAACUGAAUGUUUCUCUGUGUUGGUUGAAACAUUAAAGCCAGGUGAAUGUAUAGCAUGAUGAUGGAAACGGACCUGCACUCCCCAGGACCGCAAACCAAUACAAAUUCGGGCCAAACGUUGCCAAACAACGGGAGCAAAGCUAAUCAAGACCGAGUAAAAAGACCUAUGAAUGCAUUUAUGGUUUGGUCUCGGGGCCAGCGGAGGAAGAUGGCACAGGAGAACCCCAAAAUGCACAACUCUGAAAUCAGUAAGAGGCUGGGUGCGGAGUGGAAAGUUAUGUCUGAGGCGGAAAAGAGACCCUUUAUCGAUGAGGCAAAGCGGUUACGGGCCAUGCAUAUGAAAGAACAUCCGGAUUACAAGUACAGACCCAGGAGAAAGACCAAGACGCUGCUCAAAAAAGACAAAUACUCUUUAGCCGGCGGUUUGCUAACCGGGGGUGGCAGCGGAGGAGGUGUUGGUCUUGGGGUCGGGGUGAGUCUAGCAGGAGUCGGACAGAGGUUAGACAGCCCUGGUAGUCACGGAGGCACAGCUAGUACCGGCUAUGCACACUUAAACGGCUGGGCAAACGGCGCCUAUUCGGGCCAGGUGGCGGCGGCAGCGGCGAUGAUGCAAGAAGCGCAUAUAGCUUACAACCAGCACCCCGGCAGCGGGGCGCACCAUCACCACGCGCACCACCCACACAACCCCCAGCCCAUGCACCGCUACGACAUGGCCGCUCUCCAGUACAGCCCAAUCUCGAACUCCCAGACCUAUAUUAGCGCCUCUCCGUCGGGAUACGGCGGGAUAUCCUACACACAGCAUCAGAACUCGAGUGUCGCCACUUCGGGGUCUAUCGCCACGUUGGGGUCUCUGGUGAAAUCGGAACCAAGUGUAAGCCCUCCGGCUACCACUCACUCUAGAGCUCCUUGUCCAGGGGACUUGCGGGAAAUGAUAAGUAUGUAUUUGCCCACGGGGGAGGCUGUUGACCCGUCUGUUCAAAGCAGACUUCAUACAUUACCACAGCACUAUCAAAGCACGACAGCAGGGGUAAACGGAACGGUUCCACUGACACAUAUUUAAAAAUAAUAAUAAUACGAUAAUUCAACCUGCAGCGAGCAUGAGAAAACUCGUAACCAAAUAUUUACCUCUUUUUAAAGGUCUUCACCUACCUACCUUUUGUACAGAAUGUUUUGGUGUUCUUGUAAAUUGAAGGUACACAAUAUUUUGUUUGCCUUUUAGAAACAGAUACGAUAUUGCAGAAAACAUAUUAGGAUGGAUUGUUUUAUUUUGUCGACACCUGUUAAAUCUAAGUUUACUUUAAUUGAAGGCAAUCCAAAGUUUUGAAGCCAAUGCGCUGUUUCAGUGUGUUCAGUGUAUCUAUUUACCUCGAUUUUCUUUGCAGAUUCCCAUGAAUUUUCCUAACUAACAAAACCGAAUAUGGUCCCGUGUAUUGAAUACACAUCAAACAUGUUUCACAAGUUAAAGUUUUUUCUUUUCCAUUUUACACAUGCGUUUGUAAAUGUAAAAUUCUGCAUCUGGAUUUUCAUUCUGUUGUAAUAUUUCUUGCAAAUUGUAUAUAAGUUUUGUAAUAUCCUAGAAGUUGUCAAGAGAGUGCAACUGUAAAUAGUUUACAAAAUGCAUUUCUGCCAGAAAAGAACGCUAUCCUGAUAUUGCGCUGAAUUAUGAGUUAAAUAAAUUUUGCAUAUAUGUUUCCCUGGUUCUGGAAAAAAGUGUAACACAUUUCAUUGUUUGUCUUAUUUUGUGUUAUGAAUGCGAAUGCAAUUCAGUUUAAGAACAUGGUCAUUUUAAAUCAACUCUUAGGCUAUAUUCCCUCUCUGUAGACAGAAUUUCUCCGCUACACGCGCAAUGUAGUGUAGCCUGUAGUGUCAAUAUUCUGACCUUCAAUUUGAAAACAAACCGAUUCUUUGAAGUGAUUGCGAGAAACAUGAACUUCAUAUAGAAAACACAAACUUACUAGUACCCAAAGCAAGAAUCUAACAAAUGGCAACGGCAUGUAAUUACAUAUUAGUCAGUAAUAAUUGUUACUGAUUAGUCAGUAAUGAUCGACAUAAUUAUUACACAGCUCUGGCAGCUUUGAGCUUUGGUUUAUAAUGGAUAGGCCUUGCGAGCCAAAGGGAACAUCGAUGAAAAAUAGCCGCAAAUAAAUAAUUUAUUUUAAUGAAAUUAAUAUAAUUUUAAUAAUCAAAUUAUUAUUAAAAUGUAUAUUCAUUGAUAAUUUUCAUAUAGCCUGUAAUUUAUGGUAGCCAAACUGAUUGACAUGUCAGAUCAGAAGUUUAGAAAUAUGUGUGAUUUGUAUGAGUUAUUAUUAUUAUUAUUAUUAUCAUUAUUAUUAUUAUUAUUAUUAUUAUUAUUAUUAUUAUUAUUAUUGCUGUUGUUGUUGUUGCUGUUGUUGUUGUUGUUGUUAUUGGCUUGUGUCAAAUUUAUGAUAGCCUAUAAAUGUAAGCAGAUUUUUGAAAGUACUGAUUGUUACACACACGAAUCCUAAGACAGUGUCUUUAAAGCUAAGCAAUUCAGUUACACUGUGAUGGGUAAAUGUUAUUUUAUGAUACAUUUUUGUUUUUCAGUUUAGUAUCAAUACGAUUUUACGAGUAGGCCAUUCUGUUUAGAGUUGUGAAAAUUACAGUAGCCAAUUUCUGGGUAAUACGAUCGUUAUGCAAACUGAAGGCUCUUUGCUGAUUAAUCAUAAUUCUCUUGGAAGUGUUACAUUUGUUUGUAAAGUGGACAAAGUCUUUGUAAUGAAACUGUUAUUGACAACGUGUUUAAUCACUCACUUUGAAGGUACGAAUCUAACUGAGUUUUUAAACGGUUCCCAUUCUGUUGACAUUGGUUCCAACGCAUCAGCAUGUUGAUUUAAAAAGGAAUCUUCGUCUUUUGCAUUUACUUAAAAUAUUUGAAACAAACAGCGUGCAGCUGAUACAUGAAUUAAAAUGUUAAAUGGAUUGUGCCACCGCAUUUUUCACAUCAUGAGAGAACAACGAGAGAGAAUAAACUAAUUACAUACAA